AUUCACUCCCUGAUGCAGCAUCUCCUCUCAAAAUAAUGGUGCGGCUGCUGCUGCUCCUCUCUUUCAUCCAGGGAAUUAAAGUUGUACUGGUUUCAAGCUUCUUUUCUGAAGAAGGAUGCCUCACCCUCAAGACCUUACAAUCUCCUGGUCAUCAAGAAGAUACACGGAGCUGUCUGCCAUAACCCCUAAAGGAAAUGUGACCAACACCACAAUUGAGAUGCUUCAAAGCAGUAUGCUUCAAAUCGCUUUGCCCAUUCUCUUCUCUAUUAUUUUCAGCAUCAGUGUUCCCCUCAACUGUGUUUCCUUAUGGUUCCUUUGGUGGUAUUCAAGGCCUUGGACUCCCAUCAUUGUGUUCUCCAUUAACCUGACCAUCGCAGACUUGCUAUACAGCAUGGUCCUCCCCUUUCAAAUAAUCUACCACCUGAAGAAAAACAAUUGGCUCUUUGGUGACACUCUGUGCCGUGUUGUCACUGUUCUGUUCUAUGGAAACAUGCACUGUUCCAUGUUAACCAUGAUGAGUAUCAGCAUUGAACGCUACCUGGGAAUAGUCCACCCCCUGCAUUACAAAGCCAUGAGGCCAAUCAGAACUUCCAUCCUUACCUGCGUUGUCAUCUGGGCACUCGUUUUACUGCCACUCAUCCCUCUCAUGAAGAAUAAUCUAACCAUUCAUGUUCAGCAGCUCUCAAUAAUCACCUGCUUUGAUGUUUUGCCUCAAAAUAUGUUUGAAGAUGUAAAGCAUUUCAUUGCUUACUUUGGCUCCAAGAUAUUUUUCUUCUUUUUCCUCCCUUUAAUUGUCAUGGGAUUUUGUUACAUCUCAAUUAUCCUGACUCUCCUUCAUUCCUCUUCUACACAACUCAGGGAAGCCAAGAGGCAUACCGUCUAUUUGAUAAUAAUCCUGCUGGUGGUGCUCUGCAUUUGUUACCUACCCCAUAUUGUUGUAUCAGUUGUCCAUUAUGUCUAUACACUUGAAGAUAAGUCAUUUUACGCGGAAUAUAAACUUUCCCUUGCAAUGAACAGCUUCAAUUGUUGUUUUGACCCACUAGUUUAUUACUUCGCUUCCAAGGAAUUUCGACAAAAGAUACAAAAGAAGCUCUGCAGAUGUGUGACAACUGGUUUCAGUGAAAAUACCCCUAUUUUUUCAGAUCACGACAUGCAAGUGAUACCAAUACCAAAUGUGCCAAAGAAGUAGCGCUGGAAUAUAAUAAACUGGUCAUUGCACUGAAUGGUCAUCAAUGAAGCUUAGGAGCCAUUUUUCACAGUAGUACUUCAAAAGUCCAAGCUACACUGAAAACCUAGCUAAGCAACAUUGUUCAUUUGGUGCUUCCAGAAGUGAAGUAUGAAAAUGUCAGCCAUCCUUUCAAGUUUAUAUAGUAAAGGCGACUGAUAAAGACCAACCAGAUUUGUACUGAUAUGUUAUACCUCUUUGAUGCUGUUUCUGGAGUUUGUGGUACAUGCCAAAAUAGUGUGACUAGAGCAACAUUUAUGCGACCACUUUGAACUUGUCUAGAACGAAUGAACUGAAGGUAGCCAUCUUUUGAGACAGCCUACCUGGAAUGUCAUGAACUACUCCGAACAACCAGGAAACUUCAGAGUAUUACAAUCUGAACCAUUGUAAAGAACUUAAAUCACUGCAAUACUGUUCUUCUUAAACACUGUUCUUGACAAAGCUAUGUAUAGAAAACCUAUCUUGAACAGUAUGAAGCAUACUCAGUACAAGGCUUGGCAUCUCUUGUAAUGACAUUGCAGAAAUCAUUCUUAAAUCCUACCAUUGCAUAACAAUAAUAAAACAAUCUAUAUUGUGUUUACAUGCUUACAUCAAAAGAAAUCAAGUUUUUCUUUGUUGCUUAAGGCAGGUCUAGGGAUAUCAAUGGAAGUAUCAGUUUAAACAAUCGGUGGAAUGAAGUGGCAAAACUAUUCCUGGACUUCAUUAUUUCUGGCAGAAGGUGGCAACAAUGUACAUCACAGCUCCUUCAUGGGGGGAAAGAUCCUUCUUGAAGGCAGAAAUGUCAGGAAAAUGUUAUGUAAAUGUAAUCUCUUUUACUUGCAGCUCACUGUGCAUAGACAGGUGGAAUGGCAGGGAGAAACUCUUAAGCAAUACAAUCCAGGAACAGUUUUAUCAUGAUGAUCAUAUUUUUUAUUGUAGAAAUUGUUUCUUAGUUUUGUGUGUGU